AUGAGUCAUAAGGAACUGAUCAAGCAGUUUUUUACUCUGCAAGAAGAAAGAGUAAAGACGUACAGAACAUUUGACAGGUAAAUCUUUCUUUCCGUCAUUUAGGGUAAAGCACCUUCCUUAAUUGAAAGCACGUUGUGCUGUUCCGUGCAUUGUUUUGCAUUCUAUCGGCUAUUCCCUGUCAAAUUCUCGGAAAAGUUUUGUUUAAUGAGAAGUUUCGAAGCUAAGAAUGGUUAUAUUUUUGUUGUUGUUGUUGUCGUUGUUGCUGUUAUCGUUGUUGUUGUUGUCGUUGUUUGUUGGUUUGCUUUUGUAUUUUUUGUGACCAAAUUUGUUGUUCAUUCUCUUUCAGUGGUUUCAAAGAAUAUCUUGAGAGUGCUCCUGACUAUGACUUCCCAUCAUAUCGGCAACUGGUGCAUGAUAUAACACAGAAAUUCAAUAAGAUAUCAAGUGAUGUUAUUACAAUUGAAACAAAUUUUAGGGAGGCUGGACAUACCAGUAUUGCAGAACUAAUCAGAAGAAUUCAGCUGAAAGAAAAAGAGAAACUGGAACUGGUAAGUGAGCAAAUGAAGGUUGAAAAAAAAAAUUCCUCACCAGUUCUUUUAGCAAAAAUCUCCAGACAGUUGAAUUGGUUUGUUCUAGUUUCUAUUUUUUCCUCUUACUUUUUUACCGUUAACCCUUUCACUACCACAAGUGACCAAGACAGAAUUUCUCCUUACAAUAUCAAUACAGUAUCAAGCAGGUAGGUGAUGAGAAUAGAGAAGAAUAUCAAUGCUCUGAACUAACAUCAUGAAAAAUGUAUGGCAGAUACUAAGGAGAACUACUAAUUAGAUCUUGGGAGUGAAAGGGUUAGGAGUGACUAAGCAUCUAAUUUCCCAUUACAAUAUCACUUUUGAAUCACACAUUAACCUUUUAACCCCUUAGAGUGACUAGCAUUUAAUUUCUCCCUACAUUAUCUCCACUGAAUCACACAUUGAUGUCAUGAGAAUAAAGGAAAUAAUCACCAACUAAAGAAACUUUUGAUUGUUGAACAAAUUCUCUUUGUCAGCACAUUAAUAAAUGUGCAGAGAACAGUAUGGAGAAUAUGAAUACUGAUGUUAGCCUGUAAAGGGUUAAGCUCAUGAGAAUUAUGAAAAUGAUUGAUCACCAGCUAAAGAAGCUCUUGAUUGUUAAAGAAAUUCUACUUGUUGGCACCUUAGGGAAUGUACUGGUAUAGAACAGUAUAGAGAAUACGCAUACUGAUUUUAAAGUGCUAGAGGUUAAGACUGCUAUUAUAGCGAUACAACAAAAUUUCCCAGCUGUUACAUGCACAAUAUGAAAACCUAGGUGGUAAUCAUGAGAUCAUUGAUUUACAAGCAAUGUUAGGGGUUCCUCAAGUAUCAUAAGUGUUUUUUUUCUAAACAGCUUUAUUGGGUAUGAUUCAUAUAAUACUAAUACACCAAAUAAAUACAGUAUAAAAUAUAAAUGGAAAAUACAAGAUACAAAAAGAAUAGUUAUUAUUAUCCCUUUGCUCUGACGAAGGGCUAGUGCUUGAAUUGUCAGCUUUUUUACUCUUUAUGGUGGCCAAUUUACGGCACUGCCCCUGAGAUAAAAAAAAAAAAGAAAGAAAAAAAGAAUUACAAAACAUGGUAGACAUUAUUAAUCAUACUGAAAAAAAAAAAACAGUUAUAGAGUGGGAAAUGGGUUGUAUUGCUUCAAUGGCAGCUCUGAAGAAAAAAAGAAAAAGGUCUUGGGGGAUAUUGAUGAACAGAACGUGUAAGGAAAAUUUUCUUCUUGAAGGCUUUGGUAGGAAGACAUAUUGUUCAUUGUUAUGUGACAGGUUACAAGGCAACCUUACUACCAAAUUAUCAACCUUUGCUGGAAAACUUUCUCCUUGCCAUGGACGUUAUGAAUGAUAUGAAUCAUUUUCAAUUAUUGCACUUAAAAGUUCAAGUAGUAGCAAAUAAGUAGUUUAUGUGAGCAUUUAUCAUUAUUAUAAAGCAUCUAUUUAUUAUUAUUAGAUAAAGUUUUAAUUGUAUGUUAAAAAAAUAACUCUUUUAUUUAUUAGACAGCUCAGUUCCAAAUAGCACAACAAAAUUCUGCAUCAGAUCCCUCCAAUGAAAGUAAAGCUGAUGAGACAACUGCAGUUAAGUUAAGGUAAUGACACCUUGCUCUUUGGUAUUUAAAAAAAAAAAUUUAGUUUUUUUUUCUUUGUCCCAUGCUGGUGACGAGACAAAAACAUCUAUUUUUUUACCAAGCUCAAAACUUCCCUUCUUUCUUAUCCUAUUUCCAAAAAAAUGUUGUUCAUCGUGAUUUUGUAAAUAAAUGAACAUUUUAUCGUUUAUCUCAUGAUAUAGAGUUAGUCUCUUCUAUUAUAUUGAUCACAAUGUUUUGACUGCAGUGUAUUUUUCUAGUUUAGGGACUUGUCAGAAAUUAGCAGGGGGAGGGGGGUGGAAACAGAGGGGGUCACAACUUUUUGAGCCUCAGAAAAGGGAGGGUCAUGAAAAAUGGGCAGUUAAAAGGGGAGGGUCAUGCAAAUAUAUGCCCGUGAUCAUGUAGAGGUUGGUUUACCCAGAAGAAAAAGGAAGUUCUUUAUUUGGAAGAGGUGGAUGAUCAUGAUGAAUGUGAGGUAAAUGAAGGGGAUGAGGCAUUACCCACUUGUUCUAGUGAUGAAGACUUUGUAUUGGGAGAAAUAGGAGAGUCGAGUGAUCAGUCGGACUCUUAAUGCUGUCAUCGAAAAUGUAUGUAUGUAGCAUGACAAAGAACAGACUAGAAAUAUAUUUUGAGUUUUCAUAAUACUGACGCACCCUAGUGUAUUGCAAGAACUAGAUUUUAUCAUUUAUACAAGAGGGGGAGGGUCAUGAUAUUUUAGGCCAAGCUCAAGGGGAGGGUUAGCAAAUUUCACUCCCAUUGCAGGGAUGGGUCACCUAAUUUCCGAACCCAAAUUUAAAAUUCCCACCCCCCCUCCCCCCCUGCUAAUUUCUGACAAGUCCCUUACCUCGUUUUUAUUUUAUAGCCUUCUUUAGACAGUUUCUUGAGUGUAAGAACUCAUUGGGUCAGAACAUCAUAAUGUAGCUCCCUUGUUUUAAGUUUAUUGAGGAAUGAUGUUUUUUUUUCAGUCUACAGAAGCUUGUGGAUCUCAUUGUUGAACUCCUAGAAGAAUUGAAAUAUGAAGCUGAAGACAUUCUGCUCGAAGACACUUAACACCGUGCGAGCUAUCCAACGAUUUUUUUCUAGUCAGCUCAAAACAAAGGGAUCCGCAGAACGAAGCAUUUUGGCAACCACGCUCAAUAAACAGUGCAUAAUUAGGAAAAAUGUAAAUUGACGCAAUUUCAAUCCAUUUUUUCUCGAGUUGUGGGUUGUAUAAAUUAUAUCAUGAAAUAUUAACUGUCAGGCAGCCGAUGGUCGGUAAUCUGUCGGUAAGUUUUCGUACCUAAAAGAGGUUCGCAGAGCAUCGUUGGGCGAUUCGAUAUGCUUCAUUGCUCGAGAGAUCGCAGUAGAAAUGAUGGCCAAGUGGAUAUCAGCUGGCAUAGGGCAUUUGUUUCAGCGGCCAACGUUUUUUGAGGAAAAAAAACACUGGGAUCCGUUCCUGAUGGAACUGAAUUUAUUUUAAACUGAUUUAUUCCCUUUUCGUUCGAACGAAAACACUUUGAGGUUAAGUCACGGUAAUCUUUACACGGUGUACAUAAUUUGUAGAGGUUAUAAGUUUCAGUAGGGUUUACCUGGUACUGGUGCCACUAAAAACUGUUUU